CCGCAAGACGACAAAACCCAUUGUCGAAUAUGACAUAAUUUUCGUCAGACCGUUUUAUAGCAGUCAAUUAAUGUAAACAGUAAAGGCAAUAAGUGGGAAAAUCAGUUAUAGUCUAUUUAUAUAAUAUAUGUUAGUAAAUUUCAAAAGUGACAAAUUAUAUAUGUAUCUAUAAUGUAUGAAUGAAAUGUAGGAAUUGGAAUAGAAUAUAUUCUGUAGCUAAAAUUUUAUAGUAACUUUAAUGGAGAUUUAUUAGAUAUUUGUAAUUAUGAGUAAUAGAAAACUGAACAAUUUUUAUAAGAACAAAUGGUAUCUUGGUAAGAAGUCAUCAAAAUCUAAAAAGAAUUACAAUGACAAUCAAAACGAUGAAAAGAAAUAUCAACGUUUGGACCCUAUUGAAACAUAUAAUUUAUUAAACGUAGAUAGUACUUACAUAGAUUUCAAUAUUCCAUACUAUGGAUGGAAGCUAUUUUUUUCUGAUGAAGUUUAUAAAAAUGAUUCUGAUACUGUUAAAAAAAUACAAAUAGUAGAAAGAUUUAUAAACAAACAUCAACGAUUGUCAACAUUACUUUCGUUGGAAAAUUUAGAAAAUGGCAUAAUUUUUAUUGUUGACAUAUGUGAAUUAUACAAUGAUACAAUUUUUAUGGAUGAAUGGUCUGAUUUUAAGAAAGAUAUAUAUGAAAAUCCAUUGCAUAUCUUAAAUUGUUUUAAAUUGGCUGUACAUCAGCAAAUUUUAAGUACAGUACCACGAAAAAAUCUAAGCUCUGCAAAUAUUAUAAGUACACUUUCUACUGUUAGAAUAAAAAUAUUAAAUCAUCAACCGAUUAUGUGUUUGCAAGAUUUGAAAGCAAAUUCUUACGGGAGAUUAGUAUCAAUUAGAGGCUGUGUAAUAAGAGUAGGCCACAUAAAACAUCUUGCGCAAUGGAUUAUGUUCGCUUGUCGUAAAUGUAAUUUACAGAAAAUAGUGAAACAGCCAUUAGGAGUUUAUGCAGUUCCAAGAAUAUGUAAUACAUGUGGCAUAUCUAAAUUUCGUGUGAUAUUAGAUUCAUCAUUGGUGAAAAGUAUCUCAUUUCAAACGAUUAAAAUACAAGAACUUUCAAAUAACGAUCAGAACAGUAAAGGAAGUAUGCCUAGAACGAUUGAUAUCGAAUUAAUGGAUGACUUAGUCAAUACUUGUAUGCCUGGAGAUGAUAUUACUUUAACAGGAAUUAUAAAGGGUAAUAAUAAUGCAAAGCCUCGAAAUAAAAUCUCAUUUUCUUUGUACAUGGAAGCUAUUACGAUAAUUAAUAAUAAACAAAGACUUCAGGAUAAAAAUAUCAUAAAUAAUGAAAUGUCAAUAAAGGAUUAUUUAGCAAUAAAGGAGGUAUAUAACACACCAAAUAUAUUUCCGCUGUUGAUACAUUCUUUAUGUCCAAGUAUAUAUGGUCAUGAAAUUGUCAAGGCCGGACUGAUGUUGAGCUUAUUUGGUGGAAAUGUAGAAAACUCAGAAUCACGAGAAAAUAUUCAUGUAUUAGUAGUUGGUGAUCCUGGUCUUGGAAAAUCGCAAAUGUUACAAGCCUGCGAGCGAAUUGCUGUCAAAGGUGUAUAUGUGUGUGGAAAUUCAAGUACAUCUUCUGGUUUGACAAUAACGCUAACAAAAGAAAAUAAAAAUAAUAAAUUUAAUUUAGAACCAGGAGCAUUAGUUUUGACAGAUAGAGGCUGUUGUUGUAUUGAUGAAUUUGACAAAAUGCAUAAACAACAUUCGGUUUUAUUAGAAGCUAUGGAACAACAAAGCGUAAGCAUUGCUAAAUCAGGAAUAAUAUGUUCUCUUCCUGCUAGAGCAUCAAUUCUCGCAGCUGCUAAUCCGAUUGGUGGUCGAUUUAAUAGAAGUAAAACAGUACUGCAAAACUUAAAAAUGAGUGUUCCUCUCUUGUCACGUUUUGAUCUAAUAUUUUCAUUAUUAGAUGAACCGAAUAAGCAUAUAGAUGAUUUAUUAUGUAAUCAUGUUAUGUCAAUUCAUGGUGAUUUCAACGCAACUAAUAGUGUGCAAAGUAGUACGUCUCAACAUAUAAAUAUACCACAUACAACUAAACUUUCAUUAAGAGAUAGACUGAAAGUUCCUAUAGCAGAAAAUACGAAUAUCAUUCCACAGUCAAUUCUCAGAAAAUAUAUUGCAUAUGCACGGCAAUAUGUUAAGCCGAAGUUAACUAAAGAAGCAGCUAACAUAUUACAAAAUUAUUAUUUAGAGCUUCGAGAUCAGAAUAAUAAAGUUGGUGGUUUAUCUGUCUGUAAUAGACAAUUAGAAGCUAUGAUACGAUUAACAGAGGCUAGAGCAAAAUUGGAAUUACGUACAGAGGCAAUAGAAACAGAUGCUUUGGAUGUGAUAGAAAUUUUACAACAUACGUUUGAUGACAAAAUUACAAAUUGCCAAUCCUCAAGUACAAGAAAUAUAACUAAUCGAAAAAUUAAAGAAUUUAUACAGAUACUAAGAAAAGAAGCAAUUUCUAACAAUAGUAAGAUAUUUUCUAUGAAAAGAUUGCGUGAAAUCGUAUCGGAUAAGAAAAUUUUGAUGAGUGACUUCUCUGAAUUUAUUGCGAAAUUAAACGAAAACGGCAUUUUAUUGAAAAUGGAUAGUAAUACGUUCAAAUUUAUUUCUUUAGAUUAAGUAUAUAUAUAUAUAUAAUGUUUAUUAUAUUAUUUCAUUGUAUUUCUCGAGAUCCAAGUAAUUUAUGUUGUUACAUUAAUUUUAGGACACUCUAAUUGUAAUAAACAAUAAAUAAUAUUUUGCAGUGAUCAGCAUUAAUGAUUAGCAUCAAAUGUUGUGAUAUGAUGAUGCUUUUCAAAAUUAUUAUAAGAUUGUACUACAAUAUUAUAUUUGGCAUUAUUGUUGAUAAUAUAAAAUAAACAAAUUUACAUUACAUUAUAUUAUCUGUCAGUUUCUACACGGUUUUACACUUCAAAACAGUCAGCUUUACACGGAAGACGCCAAUACAGGUACAGACAGCAUCUUGGUUUUGGUUUAUGAAAACAACCAGGUCUGCGACAAGGUCUUUUGGGGAUAUAUAUCUUUGGUUUUGAAACACGUGCUGGAGGUAUAGUAACCUUGCAAAAUCUGUGUAAUAAAAUUCUCUUAUGCCUUGUUUUUUUAACAUGUAUAAAUGAUUAUAUAUUUCAUUUACAUAAUUAUAUUGUGUUAUAUGUAAUAUAUAAAUAUAUACAUAUAUAUCUAAGGUUCUGCUGCUAACCAAAGUAUAAAAUAUAUUUAUUAUUGAUAUCCAAAUUAGCAUAGUAAUCGUUCCUAAUUUGUGCCGGACGGACGAAAACAACAUAAAUUUUUAUUCUUCUAACAUUGAAACAAUUCAAUUAAGACAUCGUGCUGUAACUCUAGUUAAACAUCGUGCAGCACAUGCAGGUGGACAGUAUGGAAUACAUUUUGGUGGACAAGGUCCGCACGGCACUGGUGGCGUACAUAUCGUAAUUUUACAUGGUGGUGGGCAUGCUACACAAAUUGGUGGAACACAUGGGUAAGGUACACACGACGGACAAGAGGGUAACUGGUACUGGAUACAGGAUGCAGGAGGCGGAUAGCAAGAUGGUGUGCAACGUGAUAAUGGACUUCUUCCACAAGACAUUGUUUUCCUUUUUUAUUGCUUUUUUGUUGUAUAUUAUUUUUUAUGAUGUCAUAUACAUGAAAUUUUGAUAAUACCAUUUAUACGAAAUAGCUGACAAUUGAAAUUUAUGCGAAGAUAUUAUUCAUUUAUUAUGUGUUGGAGACAUAUUCAGACGAUGUAGUCGUUUUUUUUUAAAUAAAUCAUUCCAGUGUUAUAAAAC